AUGGAAAUGGAUAUUAUAUGGAACACUAACCGUUUAACGAAACUUGAAACUAAUGUAAAUACUUUAAGCAGAGUUUUAGAGAAUUUGCAAAAACGUUUGGGAUUACAAUAUUUGGAUGAAAUUAAUGAUUUCGAAAAAGAGUAUUCAAAUGCUCUUAUCGAUGACCCUGAUGAAGAUAUGGAGACUGAAGAUGGCGAUGAUGUUGAUGAUGAUGAUGACGAUGAGGAUGAAAAUGAUCGGGAGAAGGACAAGCUUUCAAAUGCAGACUAUGAUGAUUAUGAAGAUUUAAUAAAAAAGUUUAACAGCUAUGAUGAUUCGGAUGGCGAUGAUGAAGAUAUAAUAUCUGAUGAUGAUAACUUGUACGAUGAUUUUGAAAAAUAUAAGGACUCAAAGAAAAAACAUCAACGAGUGUCACGAUCUAUUGAUAAUGUUCGAGUUUUAACUAUACAUGAAGAUGAAAAUAAAUCAGAUCAAAAUAAAACUACAACUGCGGUUGAGACGAAAUCAUUAAAUUCCGAUUAUCCUUCAUACAAAACAAGUUCUAGGACUCAAGAAAAGAUCUCAGACAAUUUGAAAAACCACAGUCAACGUAAAUUUGUAGCUGAAAACUUAGAUAAGCGACGUUCACAUUUACGGAGCCAUUUAAAUCGCAGACGUAAAAUUCCAGUUUAUCGAACUGGUGAAUCUCUAUCUUUUUCAGCAAAAUCUUCGCUUAUGUCAAACUCAAUUGACUCAGCUCCUGCAGCACACUUCCAUUUAACGCGUACAGUUCCCGGUCGACAUGCAGCAAUAAAAGUUCCAUUAUAUGCUGGAGAUAUAUAUAUUGGGGAGCCAAGUAUGUCUAGUAGCUAUUUCGAGGUUGAAAAUGGAGUUCUGACAGUGCUUGAAUCUGGUCUUUAUUACAUCUAUGCUCAGGUGUGUUACAAUAACACACAUGAUCAAAAUGGCUUCGUAAUAUUCCAUGGACAUAAACCAUUCUUACAAUGUCUAAAUACUGUGCCAACGAACAUCCCACUUAAAAUUCAUACAUGCCAUACCAGCGGCCUCAUCCAUCUACGCGCAGAUGAAACAAUACACAUACGAGACUUCCACACCGAUCGAAGUGUAAUUUUAAAGGACACAAAUAACAGGAGCUAUUUUGGUCUCAUUAAAGUGAAAUAAAGGAAACUCUAUUAAGGGAAAUUAUUUUAAAUUGAUGAUAAUUUUUUGAUAUUUGGCAGAUGCAUUGUAAUUUUUUAAUUUAAGCAGUAAAUCUUAGUUGUAGACAUGAACUUCUUUAGUUAAGUUAUUUAGCAUUAAUUGUAGCAAACCAAAAAUUAUUAUAAAGCUGUUUUAUAUUAUUUUACAAUAAUAUUUAAUCAGAUCAAAAUGUGACAAGAAUCUGUGGGACGAGGUUUUCUUGAACUCAAACAUAAUUUAAUUAUAUCACUUUUUAUAUU